AACGCGAGUAUUGCUGCCCGGCUUUCACGGCAUGAGGAAGAAAAUCCACUGAAGAGUUACUGAAAAACAACAGGCAGUACCUGAGUCUGCUCGCCCUGAUAAUCCAGCCGCAAACGGAAUAUUUAUAUCAGGUUUUUCCUUUUUUACGGGCUCUGUUUGUCGAAAACAGAUGGAUUAUGGCGUUUAUCCGUGAAGUACGGACUUUAGAAGCUGGAGUUGGGGGUUAACGUUAGGUUAGCUAUCAGGCUAACAGCAAGUGUUUACAGUAAAGGUGGAGGUUUUUUACUCCAGUUUUAGAGAAAUACCAGAGAAAAACAAACAACUGUGACUAAUUUGGGAUUGUAUAGGCAUUACAGUCUCUAGAUAGCUGAUAUCAACAGUUUAAAGUUACUACUUUUAUUAACUUUUUGGGUAGUAGCAGCCAAGCCAGCUAGCUGACUCUCACUUCUGUUAUAUGUGACUCAUUUAACCUAACCUUGCUAACUGUACGUUACGUUACGUUUAAUAUUGUGUAAUAUUAUCAGCUAUAUUCCUUCAUCUCCGCAACAAACACUGGAGUUUUAUACAUGAAGUACUUAGAAAAAUACUGAGAGCAGGUGUAACCUGGUUCAGUCUAGUGUCCUCACUGCUAACUGUCUCUUACUGGCUGAAAUCCAGGUCCUGUGGUUGUAAUAAUCUCAUUGUGUUUAUUAGGAGAUGGGGUUGUGUUGUUGUGUUAGUUGAUUACACUACACUGGGGGAGAAUGCAGUUUUUGUCGUCCAGGCCAGUCACACUGGACUGUUUGCUCUGGUGCAGCAAGUGCCUCAGCCAAGUUUAGUAGGUUAGCAGCUCGAGACUCUGUGUAAGUGGAUAGAAACCCUGAUAUAUCUCUAAAAUGGCGAGUGUUCUGGCAUCCAAAAUGGGCCUCAAUUCCUUGCGAAGAAGACAAGCCAAGACCUUCAACGUGAGAAUCGUCACGAUGGACGCUGACUUGGAGUUCAGCUGUGAGGUGAAAUGGAAAGGGAAGGACUUGUUUGAGCUGGUGUGCAGAACCCUGGGACUCAGAGAAACGUGGUUUUUCGGCCUUCAGUACAACGUCAAAGAUACCGUGGCAUGGCUCAAGAUGGACAAGAAGGUUUUGGACCAGGACGUUCCUAAAGAGGAGCCCAUUGUUUUGAAUUUCCUGGCAAAGUUUUACCCUGAAAACGCAGAGGAGGAGCUGGUCCAGGACAUCACCCAGCAUCUGUUCUUCCUGCAGGUCAAGAAGAAGAUUCUGGAAGAGGAGGUCUACUGUCCUCCCGAGGCUUCGGUGCUGCUGGCUUCAUAUGCCGUCCAGGCUAAGUAUGGCGAUUAUGACCCAAAUAUCCACAAACCAGGCUUUCUGGCCCAGGAGGAGCUUUUACCAAAGAGGGUGAUUAAUCUCUAUCAGAUGACUGCUGAAAUGUGGGAGGAGAGAAUCACAGUCUGCUAUGCUGAGCACCGAGGCAGGACCAGGGAUGAGGCUGAGAUGGAGUAUUUAAAAAUAGCUCAGGAUCUGGAGAUGUAUGGGGUCAAUUACUUUUUCAUUAGGAAUAAAAAGGGAACAGAUUUGCUGCUGGGUGUUGAUGCAUUGGGCCUACACAUUUAUGACCCAGAAAACAAACUAACGCCCAAAAUCUCCUUCCCCUGGAACGAGAUCCGGAACAUCUCCUACAGCGACAAAGAGUUUGCUAUUAAGCCCUUGGAUAAGAAAGCAGAUGUUUUCAAAUUCAACUCCUCAAAACUGCGGGUUAAUAAGCUGAUUCUACAGCUGUGCAUUGGAAACCAUGACCUGUUCAUGAGAAGACGCAGAGUGGACUCUCUGGAGGUCCAACAGAUGAAGGCACAGGCUAGAGAGGAAAAGGCCCGCAAGCAGAUGGAGAGGCAGAGGUUGGAGAGGGAGAAGCAUUUGCGGGAGGAGGCCGAGAGAGCGCGUGAUGAGUUGGAGCGAAGACUCAUUCAGUUGCAGGAUGAAGCUCAUAUGGCCAAUGAAGCACUGCUACGUUCUGAAGAGACGGCUGAUCUUUUAGCAGAGAAGGCGCAGAUAGCUGAGGAGGAGGCCAAACUGCUGGCUCAGAAAGCAGCCGAGGCAGAGCAGGAGAUCCAGCGGAUCAAGGUGACGGCUAUCCGCAGUGAGGAGGAGAAGAGACUGAUCGAGCAGAAGAUGCUGGAGGCUGAAAUGCUUGCACUCAAAAUGGCUGAAGAAUCAGAGAGGAGGGCUAAAGAAGCGGAUCAGCUGAAGCAGGAUCUGCAGGAGGCCAGAGAAUCAGAGCGCCGAGCCAAAUACAAGCUGCUGGAGAUCACUAGCAAGUCACCCUAUUCGGCUGCUCCACUCUCUCCCAGUGCUCUUCCUCCUGACCUCAGCUUCAGCACAGAGAACCUGAGCUUUGACUUCAAAGACACGGACAUGAAACGCCUGUCCAUGGAGAUCGAGAAGGAGAAGGUUGAAUACAUGGAGAAGAGCAAGCACCUACAGGAACAGCUGAACGAGCUGAAGACGGAAAUUGAGUCUCUGAAGCUGAAGGAGCGGGAGACUCCCCUGGACAUCCUGCAUAACGAGAACACAGAGCGGGGCACCAGCAAGCAGAGCAACUUCAAAAAGCUGACACUACAGAGCACCAAAUCAAGAGUGGCCUUCUUCGAGGAACUAUAAACACCCAAAAGCUGUGCAUGCAUGAGGACAUGACUUUGCAUUAACAUUCAACACAAGUUUCAGGCUGUGUAUGGAAAUGGUUCUGCAGAAAUAACCACUCUAAAUACUGUAAAGAGGUCUUCAGAUCCAGACUUUGAAUCCAGUUUCUGGUUCUGGAUUUUAUCACUAGUAGAUGUGACAUUAGGUGGCCAAUCAGCAGUUCGGUUAACUACUAUUGAUUACAAAAUUGAGGACCAGGAACUGGAUUGGAGGUCUUGUUUUGAAGACCUCUGCCAAAUAUGCAUAGCAAGGGCUACUACAGGACCAGAGUUCAGGACCAAUACUGUAUAAGUGUGGGAGGUGUGUGUGUGUGUGUGUAAUUCCCUUUUUGAAUCACAUUCCAUUGACCACAUCACUUACCUUGAAAAUUUGUGGUUGAAAAUUUUCAAAAUUACUGCAUAAUUCAGUGGUUCCGAUGUAAACAAAGUCAUUCUGAGAAGUUUGAUGUGAAAUCUUAUUGUAGAGAAAGAUUUUUGGUGAUAGGAACCAGGGGUUGAAACAUCUACAGCAUAAAUAUAGCCAUUUUCUUUCCAAAAAAGUUUUCAUAUGUAAUAUUGACAGUGAUAAUUAGUGGUAAUAGCUACUUGCUUUUGAUGUACAGGGCCCUAAAUGGCCUGCCAAACCUACUUUUUCGCUACAAUCCUACCAGUUUGCUGAGUUCUUGUAGCACUAGUAUCUUGGUGAUCUGUGUCUGUUUUGGUGGCUGACCUUUCAUUGUCAUGGCCUCUGUGUUAUAGAACACUCUUCCUCUGUCUCUCUGUCUCCUCCUUUUUUUUUUUCUUCAAAGUCCAGCUCAAAACUUUCCUCUUCUCCUAAUGCUUUCACCACUUGUUCUUCUCCUAAUGUUGCCUUCCUUCUCAAAACCAUCACUUCCUCUGUCUAAGAUUGUGUAUACCUGAUUUUUUUUUUUCCAUUCUCCCAUUGCAGUUGCCUCAUGCCUUUGUCUUUGUUUCUGUCUUCUGUUCUUAUGUUAUUCUUUCAAUCUUGGUAUGUUUGUGCAAUUCUGUGUAUUUAUACUCUCACCUGAUUGGAAAGUGCUAUUUAAAUUUGGCUUAUUAUUACAUCAUUAUUGCUGUUUUGCCUCGCAACGCCCUGCAACUACCCACACCGUGAAUUCAUUUUAGGCCAAAACCUUCUCCAAUUUGUAAAACAGCAUCUCAGGCAUCAGGCACAUUAUUCAUAGCUAUUUUGUGUAACAGCUUAAUGUGAGGUAGCUUUUAGAAGCUUUUAGAAGCCGUAAAUACUUCAGACGUCUGGUUCCUGUCACUACCACUGAGAUACUCCAUUCUAGAGAAUCAGAAUUGUUCACAGUGGUGGCGAUAGGAGCCAGACAGUCUGAAAAGCUAAAUGCGUCUAAGAAGGUUGUUACAUGAAAUGGUUGUAAAUACGCUGCCUGAUGCUCGAGACAUAGUUUUAUAAUAGUUUUGAGAGAAGGUUGGCAUAAAACAUAUUUUUAAUGGAUUUGUGGCGCAGAGAUACAUGCAUGGCAUGGAUAGGGCAAAGGAAAUAGUCCCCAAAGACACGUGCAGGUUUACUGGUCAUUUUGGAUAGUAAACAUAAUGUGCUGUAGGUAAUGUGAGCCCUGCUUUCCAUCACCACCACUGUAUGUUUCUCUACAAUGCACUAUUUCAUAUCAAACCACUCUAAAUGACUUUGUUUCUAUCUCAAUGACUGGGUUUUGCAGACCUUUUGAAUUCCCAUUUAAGUAAACACUGCUGGACACAAUCGUUCACAUGGUCUUGCACACUACAGACGGACCGUUAAGCUCCUUGUUUCUCUGAACUGUAAACUUUUAUGAAGGAAAAAACAAAUGCUGCUUUUCACUGUACCCUGCACUCAGUGUGCUCAACUUCCAAUAGUUACUUGGGAAAAGUCCUGUUUUCUACUAAAGAUUAUUUUCCCGGAUGAAACGUGCUGUGUUUUAUCUACGUUUGCUCUUUGGGAUUUUAUCAAGUCUGUAUUAAAUCUUUUGGUUUCCAUUACUGGUGAAAUAAUGCUGUAGCCACUGUUUAAACAAGGGGAUUUCUUACGUACUGGGAGAGAAAUGUGAUUUGGAAACAUAUAACACUACCGGAGCGUCAAUCAGGAUGUUUCUGAAAAUGAUCCCAUUGUCUUUUGGCAUUUUAGGAUCCAGAAGUAACAAAAAUGUUAUUCAUGACUUGUAUGUAAUCCAUAGGCAUCUCAAACCUGGCCCGAAACUUUAUAUACGGACCCUGUCGGGCUCGGAUCAAGCUUGUUUUGUUCCAAACCAAUUCUAGCUUGGUCAUUCUUUAGACAAAAAUUAAUUUCUUCAUUUAUUCAUGACAGGAUUUUUUUAUUGAUGAUUGGUGCAUAUAUGCAUACAGUAGGUCAAGUAGGAUUAGUGAUCAGUAUUUCUGCCUUUAGAAAGAAGACAGCCUGAUUGGGGCUUUCAGCCUUUGGGAUUAUGAAGUUCUUUUGUUUUUGUUUGUUUUUUAAGAAGUUUCCUUUUUUAAAUGAUAUGCGAUGAUACUUCGGAGAGUUUGUAUAUAUUUUUUGAGAAUAAUCUUUUUUGUGCUGAGGAAUAAAUGAAUUUAAAGUCUGCUAAAUCUGCUCCAUAUUUAUUUGUGUUUGUCUGAUAAAUCGCUAAUACAUAA